AGACCGUCCCGGGAAUGCUACUACCCCCGCCGCCGCGGAGGAGCCGGAUCCCGACCGCGCGAGAUCCCUCAAGGAAGGACUCAUUGAAGGAGAUAGUUUAAAUGUGUGACAUCACUGCAGGGAAAUCCCUGCAAGUUAACCAUCUUCUUGCUUGGUACCUUGCUUCUAUCAGGGACGAUGAUUCACCUAAUCCUGAAUAUGUAAGCUCUCAUGGUGAUGGAGGAAACAAGAAAAACUGAAAAUUAAUCCUGGAGACGAGGAGAUACAAUUUUAAUUUGAAGAGUUUUUUUCAGAAUGAAAACCACAUUCAGUUAUCUUGAUGAGUGCAGAAGGACGAGAAGAAAGUUAUGAUGGCUAAAAACAAAGAGCCUCGUCCCCCAUCCUAUGCUGUUAGUGUGGUUGGACUAUCUGGAACUGAAAAAGACAAAGGUAAUUGUGGAGUUGGAAAGUCAUGUUUGUGCAAUAGGUUUGUGCGUUCGAAAGCAGAUGAAUAUUAUCCUGAGCAUACCUCUGUGCUUAGCACAAUUGACUUUGGAGGACGAGUUGUUAAUAAUGAUCAUUUUUUGUACUGGGGUGACGUAACACAAAGCAGUGAGGACGGAAUAGAAUGCAAAAUUCAUGUAAUUGAACAGACUGAGUUCAUUGAUGAUCAGACUUUCUUGCCUCAUCGGAGUACGAAUUUACAACCAUAUAUAAAACGGGCAGCUGCCUCCAAAUUGCAGUCAGCAGAAAAAUUAAUGUACAUUUGCACAGAUCAGCUAGGCUUGGAGCAAGACUUUGAGCAAAAACAAAUGCCUGAAGGGAAACUGAACAUAGAUGGCUUUUUAUUAUGCAUUGAUGUUAGCCAAGGAUGCAAUAGGAAAUUCGAUGAUCAACUUAAAUUUGUGAAUAAUCUCUAUAUCCAGCUCUCAAAAUCUAAAAAACCUAUAAUAAUAGCAGCAACUAAAUGUGAUGAAUGUGUGGAUCAUUAUCUACGAGAGGUUCAGGCAUUUGCUUCAAAUAAAAAGAACCUUGUGGUAGUGGAAACAUCAGCAAGAUUCAAUAUCAACGUUGAGACAUGUUUUACUGCACUGGUACAAAUGAUGGAUAAAACUCGUGGCAAACCUAAAAUAAUUCCGUAUUUGGAUGCCUAUAAGACACAGAGACAACUUGUUGUUACUGCAACAGAUAAAUUUGAAAAACUUGUGCAAACUGUGAGAGACUAUCAUGCAACUUGGAAAAUGGUUAGUAAUAAACUGAAAAAUCAUCCUGAUUAUGAGGAGUACAUACAUUUGGAAGGAACAAAAAAGGCCAAAAAUACAUUUUCAAAACACAUAGAGCAGCUUAAACAGGAACAUAUAAGAAAAAGAAGAGAAGAAUAUAUUAAUACACUACCAAGAGCUUUUAACACAUUGCUGUCAAACCUUGAUGAGAUUGAACACCUGAACUGGUCAGAAGCCCUGAAGUUAAUGGAGAAAAGACCAGACUUCCAACUUUGUUUUAUUGUGUUAGAAAAAACACCAUGGGAUGAAACUGACCAUAUAGACAAAGUGAAUGAUAGGAGGAUACCAUUUGACCUUCUCAGUACAUUAGAAGCUGAAAAAGUCUAUCAAAACCAUGUACAGCAUCUUAUAUCUGAGAAGAGGAGGGUUGAAAUGAAGGAGAAGUUCAAAAAAACUCUUGAGAAAAUACAGUUCAUUUCACCUGGGCAGCCAUGGGAAGAAGUUAUGUGCUUUGUAAUGGAGGAUGAAGCGUUCAAAUAUAUCACUGAUGCGGACAGUAAAGAAGUAUAUAGUAGGCAUCAGAGGGAAAUAGUUGAAAAAGCCAAAGAGGAGUUUCAGGAAAUGCUUUUUGAACAUUCGGAACUGUUCUAUGACCUAGAUCUUAAUGCAACACCCAGUUCAGAUAAAAUGAGUGAAAUUCAUGCAGUUCUGAGUGAAGAGCCUAGAUACAAAGCUUUACAGAAACUUGCACCUGAUAGAGAAUCUCUUCUUCUUAAACACAUAGGAUUUGUUUAUCAUCCCACUAAAGAAACUUGUCUCAGUGGCCAAAAUUGCAUGGACAUUAAAGUAGAGCAGUUACUUGCCAAUAGUCUUUUGCAGCUUGACCAUGGUCGCUUAAAUUUGUACCAUGAUAGAGCCAAUAUUGAUAAAGUUAAUCUUUUCAUUUUGGGUAAAGAUGGUCUUGCGCAAGAGUUGGCAAAUGAGAUUCGGACACAAUCCACUGAUGAUGAAUAUGCCUUAGAUGGAAAAAUAUAUGAACUAGAUCUUAGGCCAGUUGAUGCAAAGUCACCUUACCUUUUAAGUCAGUUAUGGACCUCUGCCUUUAAACCACAUGGAUUUUUCUGUGUGUUUAACUCUAUUGAAUCCCUCAAUUUUAUUGGAGAAUGCAUUGGAAAAAUAAGGGCUGAAGCAUCUCAGAUAAGGAGAGACAAGUAUAUGGCUAGUCUUCCAUUUACAUUAAUAUUGGCUAAUCAGAGAGACAGCAUUAGCAAAAACCUACCUAUUCUGAGACACCAAGGUCAGCAAUUAGCCAAUAAGUUACAGUGUCCUUUUGUAGAUGUGCCUGCUGGUACAUAUCCACGUAAAUUUAAUGAAGCUCAAAUAAAGCAAGCUCUAAGGGGAGUGCUGGAAGCAGUUAAACACAAUUUGGAUGUUGUAAGCCCAGUUCCCACCAUUAAAGAUCUGUCAGAAGCUGACUUGAGAAUUGUGAUGUGUGCCAUGUGUGGAGAUCCAUUUAGUGUGGAUCUUAUUCUUUCACCCUUCCUUGACUCUCACUCCUGUAGUGCUGCUCAGGCUGGCCAGAAUAACUCUUUAAUGCUUGAUAAAAUUAUAGGUGAAAAAAGGAGGCGAAUACAGAUAACAAUAUUAUCAUACCAUUCUUCAAUUGGUGUAAGGAAAGAUGAACUAGUUCAUGGGUAUAUACUAGUUUAUUCUGCUAAAAGGAAGGCAUCCAUGGGAAUGCUUCGGGCAUUUCUUUCAGAAGUACAGGACACUAUUCCUGUCCAGUUGGUGGCUGUAACUGAUAGCCAGGCAGAUUUUUUUGAGAAUGAAGCUAUCAAGGAAUUAAUGACUGAAGGAGAACAUAUAGCAACAGAGAUUACUGCUAAAUUUACAGCUUUAUAUUCUUUAUCUCAGUAUCAUCGUCAGACUGAGGUUUUCACAUUGUUCUUCAGUGAUGUAUUAGAGAAGAAAAACAUGAUUGAAAAUUCCUAUAUGUCUGAUAGCACCAGAGAAUCAACACAUACAAGUGAAGAUGUUUUCCUGCAGUCUCCCAGAGGAAAUUCUCUUGCAUAUAAUUACUACCCGGAUUCAGAAGAUGAUACGGAAGCACCACCCCCCUACAGCCCAAUUGGAGAUGAUGUGCAGUUGCUCCCGACACCUAGCGAUCGUUCAAAAAAUCGAUUAGACAUGGAAGGAAAUGAGUAUCCUGUUCAUAGCACACCACUCAACUGUCAUGACCAUGAGCGCAACCACAAAGUACCUCCUCCUAUAAAACCCAAGCCGCUUGUACCUAAGGGAAAUGUGAAAAAACUGGAUCCAAACCUUCUAAAAACAAUUGAGGCUGGCAUUGGUAAAAACCCAAGGAAACAAUCCUCUCGAGUGCCUUUGGCACCACCAGAAGAUUCAGACCAAUCCGAUAAUUAUGCAGAACCUAUUGACACUAUUUUUAAACACAGAGGUUUCACUGAUGAUAUCUAUGCAGUUCCAGAUGAUAGUCAGAAUCGUAUUAUUAAAAUCCGAAACUCAUUUGUUAUAAAUGCCCCAGGAGAUGAAGAAAAUGGAUUUUCUGAUAGAAUAUCAAAGAGUCAUGGGGAAAGAAGGCCAUCAAAAUACAAAUAUAAAUCCAAGACACUAUUUAGCAAAGCAAAAUCUUACUACAGGAGGACACAUUCAGAUGCAAGUGAUGAUGAGCCUUUUACCACAUCGAAAACAAAAAGAAAAGGAAGACAUCGUGGAAGUGAAGAAGAUCCACUUCUGUCUCCAGUUGAAACCUGGAAAGGUGGCAUUGAUAACCCCGCUAUCACUUCAGAUCAAGAGUUAGAUGACAAAAAAAUGAAGAAGAAAACUCACAAAGUAAAAGAAGAUAAGAAGCAGAAAAAGAAAACUAAGGCAUUCAAUCCUCCAACCCGUAGAAACUGGGAAAGUAAUUACUUUGGGAUGCCCCUACAGGAUCUGGUUACACCUGAGAAGCCCAUACCACUGUUUGUUGAAAAAUGUGUGGAAUUUAUUGAAGAUACAGGGCUAUGCACUGAAGGCCUCUACCGUGUUAGUGGGAAUAAAACUGAUCAAGACAACAUUCAGAAGCAGUUUGAUCAAGAUCAUAAUAUCAACCUAGAAUCUAUGGAAGUGACAGUAAAUGCUGUGGCAGGGGCUCUUAAAGCUUUCUUUGCAGAUCUGCCAGAUCCUUUAAUACCUUAUUCUCUACAUCCAGAGUUGGUAGAAGCAUCAAAGAUCUUGGAUAAGACAGAACGACUGCAUGAGUUAAAAGAAAUUGUGAAGAAAUUCCAUCCUGUGAACUACGAUGUCUUCAAAUUUGUAAUAACUCAUCUAAACAGGGUUAGCCAGCAAAAUAGAACCAAUCUUAUGACUGCUGAUAACUUAUCAAUUUGUUUCUGGCCAACUUUGAUGAGACCUGAUUUUGAAAACCGAGAGUUCCUGUCUACCACCAAGAUUCACCAGUCGGUUAUAGAGACCUUCAUUCAACAGUGCCAGUUUUUCUUUUACAAUGGAGAGAUUAUAGAAACCUCCAACUCUGUGGCAUGUCAGCCACCACCAUCCAACACAGUGCAGAUGGUGGAACCAAUGGUACCACUUCAAUUACCACCACCAUUGCAACCUCAGCUGAUACAACCACAAUUACAAGCAGAUCCUCUUGGUAUUAUAUAA